AGACCCCGGGCCCAGCGGGAGCAAGCACGCCGAACUCCUCCAGCCAUGCCGUCUCGUUUCUCGAAGAACCGCAAGAAGCGGGGGCACGUCUCGGCGGGCCACGGGCGUAUCGGGAAGCACAGGAAGCAUCCUGGCGGGCGGGGUAACGCCGGUGGACAGCACCACCACCGUAUCCUCUUCGACAAGUUCCACCCUGGGUACUUCGGAAAGGUGGGUAUGCGCCACUUCCACGUGUUGCGCAACCGGGAACACUGCCCCAUCGUGAACCUCGACAAGCUGUGGUCCAUGCUGCCCGAGGGGACCAUGGAGCAGGCCAAGGCUGGCGGCGGAAAGGCACCGGUCAUCGACGUGACUGACAACGGCUACUUCAAGGUGCUGGGCAAGGGAAAGCUCCCCGCGGUGCCCAUCAUCGUGCGCGCCAAGAUCUUCAGCAAGCUCGCCGAACAGAAGAUCAAGGCGGCAGGAGGAGCUUGCCUCCUCUCCGCUUAGGCGUCGCCACCUUGACGAUUGCUUGGCAGCUGUAACAACCCUUUGCCGGUUCUCCUGGUUUCCGGAUAUGUAGUGCAUGUGUCCGGUUUUUCGCCGGGAAUACGGUAUGGGUGGAGUAGGGCACGGGGGCUGGUGGGUUUUUGGUGUGGUGGAGAUCGGUUGUUGGUUGUCCCGUAGGAGGCGUACAUGUGGCGUACCGCCCCUCGCCGGCCGCUUCUGAUAGGGCCGGUGUCGGGUACAGCAGUGCUGCUGCUGCCUCUGUGGCGGUGGUGUUGGUGGGCGUCCAAUGUGAUGUCGCCGAGCAUCAGCCGAAGAACUGCACACUCACGCUCAAGAAUAAAAAGAAAAAAAACACAUCACCCGUGAGGGUAGUGAAUGGUGUGCCGUGGCAGCCGGUCGGACCUCCCUCCCGACUGCUUGGUAAACGUGUACGUACCAAGCUCGAUUGUUGCAGUCGUGCACGAUAGCGCGACGUCCUUGGCCGUGUCCUUUGGCCCGUGCUGCACCCAUGUAGUCUAGCUCCAGACUAGACACGGCGCUUUGGGGACGGAUAAGUUCCGGGCGCCCACUCGUACAAAUUCCCUCCACACUGCGAAGCCGUUCAGGAGGACAGCGGCUCUAUCUUCGACACUCGAUUCACCCCGACACUCCCGGUCCCGCGAUGCUAAUAGCUGGAAGUACGUCGAACUCGAGGCUGUCGUUCUCGAGCGAAAUUUGGCAGCAGUCUCCCAGGAGCGUAAGAAACAACACGGCCCAAUCA